CUUAACUUCCUCUUCAGCGCUCACACUGUACGUCUCACUUCCACUGCCCGUCAGAGCCAGUCAGCGAGAUGGAGGAACCGGCUUAAACAGCGGCUUCUACACUCAACACCCAACUGCAUUCACAGCGCGCUCGGAUUACAACACUGCUGGAGCUUCAGAGCUGAACCGGUUUUACCAUGGGGUGUGUUGGCACCAAGCCAGAGCAGGAUUCAGGCGGAAAAGCGGUGAGCAAUGACGACUCGGGAAGCCGCGGGCAGACAGCGCACUACGUCAAGGAUCCUACGACGGGUAUCAAGUCUAACAAAUCCAACUCCAACCUUCUAGGUUCAAGCUCAGACGGUGUAGAGAACAUCGCCAUAGCUCUGUACGACUACGAAGCCUUGCAUGAUGGAGACCUGGGCUUCAAAAAAGGAGACAAGCUGAAAAUCCUGCAGGAAUCAGGUGAAUGGUGGAGAGCCAUGUCUAUAAGCAGUGGUGAAGAAGGCUUCAUCCCCAGUAACUAUGUAGCUAAAGACACACUUCAAACUGAAGACUGGUUCUUCAAAGGAGUGAGCAGGAAAGAUGCAGAAAGACAGCUACUUGCACCCGGAAAUAAAACAGGCUCUUUCAUGAUCCGAGACAGCGAGACGACCAAGGGAAGCUACUCUCUGUCUGUCCGGGACGGUGACCCCCCAGGGGGCGACACGGUCAAGCAUUACAAGAUCCGCACUCUGGACAACGGUGGUUUCUACAUUUCACCCAGAAUCACAUUCAACACCCUGCAGGAGCUCGUCACCCAUUACAAGAAGCAGGGAGACGGUCUGUGUCAGUCCCUCACUAACCCCUGCAUCAGUGCCAAACCCCAGAAACCAUGGGAGAAGGAUGCCUGGGAGAUCCCACGAGAGUCCCUCAAGCUGGACAAACGUCUGGGGGCCGGCCAGUUUGGAGAGGUUUGGAUGGCCACAUACAACAAGCACACCAAGGUGGCAGUGAAGACUAUGAAGCCUGGCAGUAUGUCCGUGGAAGCCUUCCUCAUGGAAGCGAACCUCAUGAAGAGUCUGCAGCACGACAAGCUGGUCCGCCUCAAUGCUGUAGUUACCAAAGAGGAGCCCAUCUACAUCAUCACAGAGUUCAUGGAGAAAGGCAGUUUACUGGACUUCCUCAAGAGUGAUGAAGGGAAUCGUGUCCAGCUGCCCAAACUGAUAGACUUCUCUGCACAGAUCGCUGAAGGCAUGGCCUACAUCGAACGAAGGAACUACAUCCACAGAGACCUGCGGGCCGCCAACAUCCUGGUCAACAAGAGUCUGGUGUGCAAGAUCGCUGACUUUGGCUUAGCCCGUAUCAUAGAGGACAAUGAAUAUACAGCUAGAGAGGGUGCCAAGUUUCCUAUUAAGUGGACCGCGCCAGAGGCCAUUAACUACGGCUCCUUUACCAUCAAAUCAGAUGUGUGGUCAUUCGGCAUUCUGCUCACCGAGAUCAUCAGCUAUGGCCGGACGCCGUACCCAGGCAUGACGAACCCGGAGGUGAUCCGCUCUCUGGAGAGAGGUUACCGCAUGCAGCGCUUGGACUGCUGCCCCCAGGAGCUGUACGACAUCAUGCUGGAAUGCUGGAAGAACAAGCCGGAAGAUAGACCUACAUUUGAGUACCUUCAGAGCGUGCUGGAGGACUUCUACACGGCCACAGAGAGCCAGUACCAACAGCAGCCCUGAGCCGCUCUGACGUGUGUCUACACAUAUAAUUCCUCAGGCUAGGCACGUACACCAAGCACACAUGUGCAUUCAUAUACAUGCAACCAUUUAAAUGCACUCUGUCGACCAACGGCAGCGAAUCAGUCACGAUUGGAAUCUUUAUUUGAUCACGCAGAGCCUUUUGCCUUACGUCAUGUGUUGCACAUGAUUGCACAAAACUGUACAAAGUCAUAACAGAGGUUAGAGAGCUUUUUUUAUCUUGUGGCAUCUUUAGUUUUUUUCGGUUCUAACGUUUCUCUCUUCUUUGUCAGUGUAAACUGUGGCAUUCAGGAAGCCUAGCAUCAUUCUUUGAGUACUGUGAAUAGUAUGAAUUAUAAUUUGGAUUGUUAAUAAGAUACGAGAAAACAUUCUAAAACUACAACCUAUAUUAGGUUGAAAAGACUCAAGCAAAUCUGCGUCGCUGUUCCGCCUAACGUUACUGAUUAAGCCCUUUUGUAUCUUUUGGUCAGUAGUUUUUAAGGAUAGCUGUGAAAAUCACUUGUUUUAUUAUGUUACUUCUGUGUAUUUCUAGCAUUUACAAGUAACUGUGUGUUCAAUAAACUGUGCUGCAUUAGAGGAGAGCUUUAGAUUCGCAGUCAUGUUCCUUCAGAUAAAUAAUAGAUUCAGAUCCUUUCAUUUUACCGUAGUUGGACCUUCCACCUGACCCAGAUGCUGUUAUGACCUUAUGCUAUUCUCUGUAUUUAGUGCAUUUCUGGUUGAACCUCUGUGCAAUAAUAAGGGAUUGUGUGAUUCUAUAUACAAGUGUUCAUUUUAAAUCAGCUUUAUUUAUUUCAGGAACUCUGAUAUACUGCCUGAGAAUCUUCGAGAUGUUGCCUGAACAUCAGUAGUACUGAAUAUGUCCUGUUUUUUGUUAAUUGUGCAUCUCAUUUGUAUCAUGCUUGUCCUAAAAUAAAGUGCUUCACAAUGA